UUUAGAAAAAUCUGUUGCUCCAGUCCUGAGGAAUUCCUCGCAGCCGCAACAAUGGCGUCUCCGACGCUCGUCUGCCUGUUUUGGCUAUUCACUCGAGCACUUGGUUCCCACCCGGUGAUGACGCACACCUCGAUGGACGUGGGUAACAUAAUCUCCAUAAUCAUCCCCGAGAGUCCCGACACGACAAUAAACAUCGACCAACUGACGACGGAUUUUCGUCGUCAACUGGAACGAAUCCACAAACAGAGUCGGGUCAACAAGUUUGAGCACGGCUUGGUGACCUUGAAGAAUGUCCUACCAGAGAUGUCACGAGAGGAGAAGAAAAAAUCGAUUCCCCUCAUCCGAAAGGUUUUGGAAACACGUCAGAAGGCCCCGAGGAACUCGACGAAGGAAUCGUCGCGGAAAAAGAUUCAAAAGGGUAAGAACUCUCGCCCCAAGGGCACCACCAAGGGCAAACCAAAGCCAACGCGCAGUUCCAAGGUCAAAUCAAGAUCAAGGUCAACGAAAAGACCACCAAAGGAGCGAAAACCGGUGAAGAAACCAGAGGCUUACGUCGUGGAAGAUGUUGACGAGUCGUCGACCCCUGGAGGAAGCAUUAAUGAUCAUUUCGAGAGGCAGUGGUUCAAGGACGAUUACUCCACGGAUGAGCCUCGGAGUGGAUCGAUAGGAAAUCAGGGUGGUGGAGGAUCUGAUGAUCAUUCAACGGAUUUCUAUAGGGGUGAGGACCCCCCGAGGCAGUCGUGGGAGAGAGACAUUAAUCGGACAAAUCGACGUGCCUCGCAGGUCCCCUGUUCCGGAGGGGUGGAGGAACCUCAAGGACAAAAGGACUCUCGGGGAUUUGACAGUGGGCCGAAGAGUGAUUGUGAGAGGGGAUUCGACGCUGAUGGCAUGCCCAUUAGCUGCUACAAUGGAAAUGACGAAUCGGUUAAUGGGAGGACGGUUAAUUAUCCCGCGGAUAUUCAUUACUCCCGGCAUGACGACGAACUCAAGGAGCUCGAGAGAAUUCUGGAGAACCCCCAGGAAUCCCUGCAGAUGGUCAACUUGAGCCGAAGGGCGGAUCCUCCAGGAAGGGGUUCACAGGGGGACCCUGGGACUCGGGAACACAAGGGAUUUUACGCGAGACGGAAUUACGUCGCGGAGGAACAGGAACCGGUUCCGUACUCCAGGGAUCUGGAUGUCAUUGCCAAGGUUGGAAGACAGCUCGGGGAUUUUGGGAACAAGAAUUUUGAAAUUAGGAUUCAGAGGGCGGUGGAUAAUCAUCUGGUUGGAAGAGGUGGAAUUAAGUCAGGGGGUCGCGGGGGGCGUCAGAAAAUUAACCAGAAGAGGUCCUGGAAAGCGUGAUAUAUUUGUCCUUGAGGGAUCCUUGAAUUGGUUAGGAAGAGACCGACGAGUCAUGGUCGGAAAAAAAAUUAUUUCUAAUUCAAUUUAUUUGACAAACAAAAAUCGGCGUCAGCUGAGAAUUUUUAUCGAAUUAAAAUAAGUUGAUAAUUGUUUUAAUUGAAAUAAUAACUUUAUGCUGUUUUC